CCCUCUUCUCUUCAACAUUUCUUCCAUAACUUUCACCCCCAGAAGAAAAAAAAGAAAGAUUUCCUUCUCUGAAACUUGUGGGACAUUGCUUACUCGCUAAACUUAACACUUUUUUUUUUUUUUUUGCUACGGAAAAAUCCAAUGGCUUGCUUAAACAUUCACAAAAUGUGUCAGAAUCAAAAAGAUGAAUACACCUUUGAUGGAAGUGUGGAUAAGCAUGGUCAGCCUGCCGUGCGAGCGAGGACUGGAAGGUGGUUUGCUGGUGUUCUCUUACUUGUGAAUCAAGGUCUAGCCACGUUGGCAUUCUUUGGUGUUGGAGUCAAUCUAGUACUAUUUCUGACUAGAGUUAUGGGUCAAGACAAUGCUGAAGCGGCCAACAAUGUGAGCAAGUGGACUGGCACAGUUUAUAUCUUCUCUCUCUUGGGAGCUUUCCUCAGUGAUUCCUAUUGGGGAAGAUACAAGACUUGUGCUAUUUUCCAAGCCAUUUUUGUGGCUGGAGUGGUUUCACUUUCAUUGACUUCAUACAUUUUCUUAGUCAAGCCUAAAGGUUGCGGAGACGAAAAUAACCCUUGUGGGUCCCACUCGACUAUCAGUGUCGCGCUCUUCUACGUGUCGAUUUACUUAAUUGCCCUUGGGAAUGGAGGGUAUCAGCCUACUAUUGCAACAUUUGGAGCUGACCAAUUUGAUGAAGAUCACCCUCAAGAGAGUCACUCAAAAGUGGCUUUUUUUAGCUACUUUUACUUGGCAUUAAAUCUUGGAUCUUUGUUCUCAAAUACCAUCUUAGGCUAUUUUGAAGAUAAGGGAAUGUGGACUUUAGGCUUUUGGGCGUCGGCUGGCUCUGCCAUUUUGGCAUUACUGUUGUUUCUUGUUGGGACACCUAGGUAUAGGCACUUUAAACCUACAGGCAACCCUUUGUCAAGGUUUUGUCAAGUGGUUGUGUCUGCUACUAGAAAAUGGAAAGUUCAACAACCUUCAAGGGGAGAUGAACUAUAUGAGGGUGAAGGACAAGAACCUGCUGAAAAUGGAAAUAGAAGAAUUCUCCAUACUGAUGGUUUCAAAUUCUUGGAUAAAGCAGCUAUAAUCACAUCAAAAGAUGGAGAAAACAACCCAUGGCGGCUUUGUGCAGUAUCUCAAAUUGAAGAAGUGAAAUGCAUAUUGAGAUUACUUCCAAUUUGGCUUUGCACAAUACUUUAUUCAGUUGUAUUUACACAAAUGGCCUCUCUUUUUGUGGAACAAGGGGCUGCAAUGAAAACAACUGUCUCAGGCUUUCAUAUUCCUCCAGCAAGCAUGUCUAGCUUUGAUAUUCUGAGUGUUGCAGCAUUCAUUUUCAUCUAUCGAAGAGUUCUUGAUCCCCUUGUUGCAAGAUUAAAGAAGUCUGCUCCAAAAGGAUUGACAGAGCUCCAAAGAAUGGGAGUUGGACUCAUCAUUGCUAUUAUGGCAAUGGUAGCAGCAGGAUUUGUUGAGCAUUUCAGGCUAAAAUCUGGGGACAAAGAUUGUUCAAGUUGCACGAAUUCAAGUUCAUUAAGUAUUUUCUGGCAAGUUCCUCAAUAUGUACUUAUUGGAGCAUCAGAGGUAUUUAUGUAUGUGGGACAAUUGGAGUUCUUCAAUGGACAAGCACCUGAUGGAUUGAAAAGUUUUGGAAGCGCACUAUGCAUGACUUCAAUUUCACUAGGAAAUUAUGUCAGCAGCUUAUUGGUUUCUAUUGUCAUGAAAAUUUCAACUACUGAUAAGAUGCCUGGCUGGAUACCUGGAAAUCUCAACAAGGGUCAUUUAGACAGAUUCUAUUUCCUUUUAGCAGCAUUGACAGCAGCUGAUUUUUUGGUCUAUCUCAUUUGUGCCAAGUGGUAUAAGUACAUUAAGUUUGAAGAAAGAAGCAUUGAAAAGCAACAUGGAGAGAAGCAAGGAGAUUUGAAAGUCUAAUAAGCUUGGGGAGAGAAAAUAAAAGUGUAUGAUACCAACUAUUUACAUUAAUAAUCACAAAUUAGGAUUACAAGUGAUAUUGUAUAAUAUGUAUUUGUGCAAGGACACUAGAGAAGCGCAUCGUUACUGUUCUCUAAGUUGAGCACAAGAUGUUUUGUUGGAACAAAUUAUAUUGAUUUUUUGACUUAUUUAUUAUUAAUAUAAAAAGUUACGAUUGGACUAA